AUGGCAACUGAAGAGCAUAAUGUCGCGAAGGCUGAAGAAUUUAAAGUCCUUGCUAACCAAGCAUUCAAAGAUCGGAAAUUUUCCCACGCUAUUGAUCUAUAUACACAAGCAAUUGAGCUAAACAGUCAAAGUGCAGUUUACUAUGCUAAUCGUGCCUUUGCCCAUCUCCGGCUUGAGGAAUACGGUAGCGCGAUAUUAGAUGCUACAAAGGCUAUUGAAGUUGAUCCUAAAUAUUCAAAGGGAUAUUACAGGCGAGGUGCUGCUCAUCUUGGGUUGGGAAAAUUCAAGGAAGCACUGAAAGAUUUUCAGCAGGUCAAGAAAAUGUGUCCAAAUGAUCCUGAUGCAACAAAAAAAUUGAAGGAAUGUGAAAAAGCAGUUAUGAAACUGAAAUUUGAAGAAGCUAUUGCUGUACCAGGAUCUGUGAAACGCCCAAUAGCCGAAACCAUAGAUUUUCGUUCAAUAGGAAAGGGCCGCAAUUCUUCGGUGCCAACCGAAGGUGCCAUAGCAGCAGUGACAGUAGCAGUUAUGGCAGUGGUGGUUAUGUUGUUGAGGACAUCAAAGACCACAUUAGUAGCUGCGGUUGUUGUCGUUGGUUUGCUGUUGGUCUUUUGGACAUUUUGGUGGAAUGGCUACAAUUCUGAUGUCGAGCCACAGUAUUCUGGAGCAAAAAUAGAGGGAGAUGUUAUUACGUUGGAUUUUGUAAAGAAAAUGAUGGAUGAUUUCAAGAAACAGCAAUGCUUGCAUAAACGGUAUGCAUUCCAGAUUGUAUUGCAAACAAAAGAGAUGUUGCAAGCUUUGCCUUCUCUUGUUGACAUAACUGUUCCAAAUGGAAAACACUUUACUGUUUGUGGUGACGUGCAUGGUCAGUUUUAUGAUCUUAUGAAUAUAUUUGAGCUCAAUGGUCUUCCUUCAGAAGAAAAUCCAUAUCUAUUUAAUGGUGACUUUGUGGAUAGAGGAUCAUUUUCUUUGGAAGUCAUCCUCACUUUGUUUGCAUUCAAGUGCAUGUCUCCUUCAGCCAUAUAUCUAGCUAGAGGAAAUCACGAGAGCAAGAGCAUGAACAAGAUAUAUGGUUUUGAGGGUGAGGUGCGCUCAAAGUUGAAUGAAACGUUUGUCGAACUAUUUGCGGAAGUAUUCUGCUGUUUACCUUUGGCUCAUGUGAUAAAUGAGAAAGUUUUCGUAGUCCACGGAGGUCUUUUUAGUGUUGACGGGGUCAAACUCUCUGAAAUCCGAUCAAUUAAUCGGUUUUGCGAGCCUCCUGAGGAAGGGUUGAUGUGUGAGUUGCUAUGGAGUGAUCCACAGCCUCUCCCUGGAAGAGGCCCGAGCAAGCGUGGUGUAGGACUUUCUUUUGGUGGAGAUGUUACAAAAAGGUUCUUGAAGGAAAAUAACUUGGAUUUAGUCGUCCGAUCACAUGAAGUAAAGGACGAGGGAUAUGAGAUUGAACAUGACGGUAAACUCAUAACUGUGUUCUCUGCUCCAAAUUACUGUGAUCAGAUGGGUAACAAAGGUGCCUUUAUCCGAUUUGAAGCGCCUGAUUUGAAACCUAACAUUAUUACAUUCGCAUCAGUGCCACACCCUGAUGUUAAACCAAUGGCUUAUGCAAACAACUUCCUCAGGAUGUUCUCAUAA